AUGGACAAUAUUACAAUGUUAGAUGUUAAAUAUAAAAAUUAUGAACAUUUAUAUAAUUAUUCAGUACAAUAUAAUGAAUAUAUGCUCAAAAAGUUAGAUCAACUGUGCAGAAAAGACAGUAGUGUAAUAGAGGAGAUAGAUAAAAAAUUAAAGAUACUCAAGGAGUACAAGUAUGCGUUGCUAGAUAACUACGAUGGAGAGAGUGAAAAGUGCCAAAAUCUAAUGAAUCAGAUAUAUUUAAGCAUAAGGAACUACACGAACAUAAGAUUGUAUUAUCAGAUGAGGAUGCACCUCAGCAAUUGGACUUUGUGGAAAAUAUACACUGGAUAUCAGGGAUGA